CCCUCCCGUCCCGUCCCGUCCCGUCCGCCGUCUCCCCCCCGCCGCCAUGGACUGUUACACGGCCAACUGGAACCCGCUCGGCGAGGCGGCUUUCUACCGGAAGUCCGAGCUGUACAGCAUGGACUGGAACCUGACGGAGGAGCUGCGGGACUGUCUGAUGGCCGCCGCGCCCUAUGGGGGCCCCAUAGCGUUGCUAAGGAACCCGUGGAGGAAAGAGAAGUCCCCCAGCGGGAGGCCUGUGUUGGAGACGUACUCAGCAUCCGGAGUAGCGCUGGCCAGUAUGGUGUGGAAGAGUGGUCAGGUGGCCCAGCUGGGCUGGACGGCCAGUGAGGAGCUGCUGUGCGUGCAGGAGGACGGCUCUGUGCUCGUCUACGACCUCUUCUGUGACUUCAAACGGCACCUCAGCCUGGGCAAUGAGGUGCUGCAGAACCGGGUGCUGGAGGCCCGCGUGUUCCACUCCGAGUUUGGGUCCGGGAUCGCCGUCCUCACGGGAGCCCACCGCUUCACGCUGACCGCCAACGUGGACCACCUCACACUCCGCAGGAUGCCCGACGUCCCAGGGCUGCAGCAGUCACCGACCUGCUGGACCGUGUUGUCCCAGGACCGACUGACUCUGAUUCUGCUGGCAAUGGGGACGGACCUCUUCCUCCUGGACAACACAGUCUGCUCUCCGGUGACUCCAGCCGGUCUGGCCCCUGGGGCCGGCAGCGUCCUGCAGAUGGCCGUCUCCUUCAAUUACCGCUACCUGGCGCUGUUCACCGACUCCGGCCUCAUUUGGAUGGGCACAGCCUCACUCAAGGAAAAGCUGUGUGAAUUCAACUGCAGUAUCCGAGCCCCUCCGAAGCAGAUGUCCUGGUGCUGCCGUCCACGUAGUCAACAACGUGCGGUGGUCCUGGCCUGGGAGCGGCGCCUCAUGGUGGUAGGAGACGCGCCCGAGUCUAUCCAAUUCGUCCUGGAUGAGGACUCCUACCUGGUGCCUGAGCUGGACGGGGUCCGUAUCCUGGCCCGGACCCACCACGAGUUCCUGCAGGAGGUCCCCGGGGCCAGUGAGGAAAUCUUCAAGAUCGCCUCUAUGGCCCCCGGCGCUCUCCUCCUAGAGGCCCAGAGGGAGUACGAGAAGGAGAGCCAGAAGGCGGACGAGUACCUGCGGGAGAUCAGGGAGCAGGACCUGCUGGCCGACGCCGUCGAGCAGUGCAUCCAAGCGGCGGCCUGUGAACAGGAGCCUGCCAUCCAAAAAAGCCUGCUCAGGGCGGCUUCCUUCGGGAAGUGCUUCAUCGACAAGUUCCCGCCUGAGGGUUUCGUGCGGACCUGCCGGGACCUACGGGUGCUCAACGCCGUGAGGGACUACCAGAUCGGCAUCCCCCUCAGCUAUGCCCAGUACAAACAGCUCACCAUUGAGGUCCUGCUGGACAGACUGGUGUUGCGACGUCUGUACCCUCUGGCCAUCCGCAUUUGCGAGUACCUGCGGCUUCCGGAGUCUCAGGGUGCCAGCCGGGUGCUGGCCCAUUGGGCCUGCUACAAGGUGCAGCAGAAGGACAAGUCUGAUGAGGAGGUGGCUCGGGCCAUCAAUCAGAAGUUGGGGGACACCCCAGGCAUCUCCUAUUCCGAGAUCGCCGCCCGUGCAUGCCACUGCGGCCGCUCGGAGCUGGCCAUCAAGCUGCUGGAGUACGAGCCGCGCUCUGGGGAGCAGGUCCCACUGCUGCUCAGCAUGAAGAGAAGCAAACUGGCCCUGAGCAAAGCGCUCGAGAGCGGGGACAGCGAUCUGGUGUUCACGGUGGUGCUGCACCUCAAGAACGAGCUAAACCGUGGGGACUUCUUCAUGACAUUGCGCAGCCAGCCGGCCGCCCUCAGCCUCUAUCGCCAGUUCUGCAAGCACCAGGAGCUGGAAACUCUGCGUGAUCUGUACAACCAGGACGACAACCACCAGGAGCUCGGGGACUUCCAUGUCCGCGACAGCUACUCCGGCAGUGACAAGAGGAUUGAGGGGCGUGUGGCAGCUCUGCAGGCAGCAGCAGAUGAGUUCUCCAAGGCCAGAAAUGAGUUUGCAGCCAAGGCUACGGAGGAGCAGAUGAAGCUGCUGCGCCUGCAGCGUCGCCUGGAGGAGGAGGUGGGUGAGCGCUUCCUGGACCUGUCGCUUCACGACACCGUGUCCGCCCUCAUCCUGGCCGGCAGCCACAAGCGUGCCGACCACCUCGCCCGCGACUUCCGUAUCCCGGACAAGAGGUUCUGGUGGCUGAAGCUCACAGCCCUGGCCCAACGAGAAGACUGGGAAGAGUUGGAAAAGUUCUCCAAGAGCAAGAAAUCCCCCAUCGGCUAUCUGCCCUUCGUGGAAAUCUGCAUGAAGCACCACAACAAGUUUGAGGCCAAGAAGUUCGCUUUGCGUGUGAGUCCGGAGCAGAAGGUCAAGGCGGCCAUCCUCAUCGGGGACCUGGAACAAGCCGCAGAGGUGGCCCUGGAACACCGCAACGAGGCAGAGCUCAGCCUGGUCCUCUCCCGCUGCGACCCCACCCUGGCUGAGCGGAUUCAGCGGGCGCGGGCCCAGGCCCAGAAGAAGUGAGGCCCACGGCCGGCUGCUGGUCUGGGGUCGUUUCCCCCCGCCCCCCCACCCCAAGGAUCUCUUCUUCCCCGGUCAGCCCUGGGACUCCCUCAAGGGGAACCGGGGAUUGUGCCCCUCCCCGGCCCCACCCCCCAGCCCAAGGGCAAAGCGUGAAGGGGGUUGGCGGGGAGCUCUUGUAAAUAAAGUUUGGGUGCUCUGGU